AUGGCACCAAAGAAGAAGGAAGAGGAGCAAAAAAUACUACUGGGCAGACCCAAGAACACAUUGAAGAUGGGACUAGUUGGUUUACCCAAUGUAGGCAAAUCCACCACGUUCAAUGUGCUGACAAAGUUGAAUAUCCCAGCAGAGAACUAUCCUUUUUGUACGAUAGAUCCCCAUGAAGCAAAGGUUACAGUGGAAGAUGAAAGGUUCGACUGGUUAGUUAACCAUUUUAAACCAAAGAGUUCAGUACAUGCAUACUUGUCCAUAUUUGAUAUAGCUGGAUUAGUAAAGAAUGCUCACUUAGGUGAAGGUCUAGGAAAUAAUUUUUUAUCAAAUAUAGCUGCAGUUGAUGGUAUAUAUCAUGUUGUUCGAGCAUUUGAAAAUGAAGAUAUAAUACACACAGAAGGUAAUAUAAAUCCUGUACGAGAUUUAGAUAUUAUCAAUUCAGAGUUAAUAUAUAAAGAUAUUAGUCAUUGUGAAAAAAAUUUAGAAGAAGUAAAAAAAGUGUUAAAUAGAAAUAAGAAAGAUAAAGUAAAACAAACUGAACAUGAUGUUUUACAAGUAGUUUUAAAUUUUUUAAAAGAACAUAAAUGGAUAAAGGAUGGUAAUUGGAAAAGUUCGGAAAUCGAAGUAAUAAAUGAAUUUAAUUUUUUAACAGCAAAACCUGUUGUUUAUUUAGUGAAUAUGAGUGAAGUAGAUUUCAUAAGACAAAAAAAUAAAUACUUGGCUAAAAUUUAUAAUUGGGUACAAGAAAAAAAUAAAGGAACAAUUAUUCCAUAUUGUGCAGAUUUUGAGCAAAAAAUAUUAAGUAUGACUGAGCAAGAAAAAUCUGAAUAUUUUAAGGCAAAUAAUAUUAAACAAAGUAUGCUAAAUAAAAUUAUAAAAACAGGAUAUUAUGAAAUUAAUUUAAUUCAUUUUUUUACAUGUGGACAAGAUGAGGUCAAGUGUUGGACCAUUCGAAAAGGAGCAAAAGCUCCACAAGCAGCUGGAGUUAUUCACACAGAUUUUGAAAAAGGAUUCAUUUGUGCAGAAGUUUACAAAUAUACCGAUUUGGUUGAAUUUAAAUCGGAAGGGGAAGUCAAAGCUAAUGGGAAAUAUUUGCAAAAGGGAAAAGACUAUGUUGUGGAGGAUGGCGAUAUUGUGUUUUUCAAGUUUAACGUCUCGUCGUCAGGAAAAAAAUAG